AUGCUAGAAAAAUUUCCCCCUAUAGGAAAGCAGAAUAAAGAAGCAGCCCAAAUAAACAAACUGAUUUCCAAGCUAACUACAAUCCAAGACGAAGUUACUUUUUAUAAAGAUAAAACACAUAAAGCUAGUGGUGACAUUUCUCGCAUAAUUACUAAAGCAGUUUUCGUACUUUAUUGAUUUUUUUUAAUCAAUUCUUCGCAAAAUGAAUUAAACUCAGGAUAUUAUUUUUUUUAAUUUUUUAAAAAUUUUAUAAAAUCUUUUUAUAACGGAACGGACAUUUUUCUACAAAAAUAAAUUGGAACAGGAUUUUUUUCCAAUAUAAAGGGGGUAAAGCAGAAAAAAUUAACUUUUAUUAAAGAGCCUUAUUUCACUAAAUCAGAAAAAUAUUUACAAGGAAAAGAAAGCAUUAGCCGUAACCUUAACAAUGAAACAGACCUUAAUAAAGAAAGGCAGAUCACAUCUUUAAUUGAAGAUGAUGAUCCACAUGAAAAACGCUAUAUUUCUCCAUCAAUGCUUUUCGAUCAAGAUUUUCGUAAAGCAUUUAAAAAAAGAAAAAGAGAGUUCGGGUUCAGCGAAAAACCGUUAUCUCCGUAUAAGUUCUCAUUUAUCCCGACUUCCCCAGGGUAUGUAGAGCAAAAAACGAAAAAAAUGAAGCCAAAACUUGCAUUAAUUAUCAAUAAAAAGUUAGGCGACAUUAUGUACAAUAACACUUAUAAAAAUUCUGCAAAGCAUCUUAUUGACGACUAUAUACAUAGUCAUUCCAAUCAUAAGAAAAUGAAAAAAAAUAGCUCAGUUUCUGUGCUGCCAAGUCCAUCUCCUACUAGAGGAGAAAAAUUUAGAAGAAGGAGCACUAAAGAUCUUUCGAUUAAUAUAAGAGAUGAAGUAAGGAAAAAAACUGAAGAAAUUGGCAAGCUCAAAGCAAAGCUAUCGAAAUUUCUGCUGAAAAAGAAAAAACAUGCAGAUGAGAUAAGAAACACUUCAGGGUCUAUCAUAUAUGUGUAA